AUGUCCACUCACCUCUACCAGGCCAGAUCUUGGGUCUUUGGUGGUUGGGGACAGAUAAGGAUGAGCUCGACAGACAAUUCGCUCCCAGGCCUAGAGCUCAAAAGCCACGAAAUGAAGUCGGUCUGGAGUGUGCACGACGCGGUAAAUCGCUCAGGUCUGAAACCAAAAUUGCCUUCCAAACACAGUACCGUAACAUUUUUUGACGAUAGAAAUUGUUAG